GCAGGUUUCAGCUGCAUGCCCUCCGGCAGUCCUUGUAUGCAUAGGAGCGUCUUAUAUUGCAGCCGCACUACCCACCCUCUGCAUCUGUCUCUACCUCCUUCAGAUGUUCUACUUACGUACCUCUCGCCAACUCCGACUCCUCGAGAUCGAAGCAAGGUCGCCACUCUACACCAUCUUUCAAGAAACCACUGAAGGGCUGGACAGCAUCCUGGCACCCAAAUGACAAGACUCCUCCCAGCAGCGCUGCUUCAAGCUACUGGAUGCGCCACAGAAGCCGUACUAUCUUCUGUUUUGCAUAUAGAGAUGGCUGAUCCUGGUAUUGGGGUUUAUGGUCACAGCUAUGGCUCUGCUGCUUGUCGCAUUUGCUCUCAAGUGUCAUCAGAUCAGCAGUAGUGGUGCUAUCGGUGUUGGCCUCAUUACGAUUCUUGAGUUUAAUGAUGCUUUGAACGAACUCAUUAUUGGAUGGACGACGCCGGAGACAUCAUUGGGAGCUAUUGCGCGUUUAAAGGGGUUUUCA